AUGUUUAUUCUUGGUCCAAUAGACACUCGUAUUGAUGACUUAGCAAAGAAAUAUGGACGAAUAAGUAUAAUUGGUUUUUGGUUAUGUCCACAUGCAUUCUGGUCAGUUAUUUGUUGUUUACCAGUCACAUUACUUCAUGUUUUCCCAAUAGCAGAUGUCAAUUUCAACAUUUUCGAUUUAAUCGGAUUCACUUUUUGGAUUUGUGGAUUUCUCAUGGAAUCAUUGGCUGAUCGAAACAAAUUGAAAGGAAAAAUAGCUAGAAAAAAGAUAUAUUAUCAUCUUGGUUCAAUGUGGAACUAUUGUCGAAAUCCAAAUCAUUGUGGUGAAGUUUUUUGUUGGUUAGGAUUAUCGAUUACAGCUCUCAAUCUAUUUUUUCAUCAUCCUUUAUAUCGACAUAAUUUUUUUAUGAUAAUUUUGCCACAGAUCAGUCCCUUAUUUACUCUUUCGGUUAUGCUAUUUGAAGCUACAUUAGCAUCAGAAAUUAGUAAUAAUAAACGUUUUGGGAAUCAAUUAGAAUAUCAUCAAUAUCGUCAACGAACAUCCGUUUUCUGGCCAAUCACAUCAGAACUUUAUCUUCGUUUACCUAAAUCGAUUAGAAAAACUUUAUUUUUUGAUUUUGACAUGUACAACAAAGGACUAAAAAAAAAUAACAAAUUAAAGUCAACGUAA